UAAAACAAUGACGAAGAAGUUUGUUGACCAAUCAGUUGGCGAUGUUGACGGCUUUCCUCUUCCGUACACUGGAGCCGUCGGUGUGCACAACCUUCCCAUACGAACACAAGCGAGCCAUGGCUUCCCGAGCGGGACCGCGCGCGACAGGCACGGACGGCAGUGACUUUGAACACAGGGAACGAGUGGCCUCACACUACCAAAUGAGCGUGGCCCUCAAGUCCGAAAUCCGGAAACUCAACAUGGCCCACUUGCUGGUGUGGGUGCUGAUGGCAGCUCAGGUGACAGUGAGCCAGCUGGGUCUCGUGUCCCACAAAACCGUCGCCUCACCGUACCAGUGGGAGUACCCGUACCUCCUCAGCGUUAUCCCCACCAUCUUCAGCUUCAUGGCUUUGCCCCGCAACAACAUCAGCUACCUGGUCAUCUCCAUGAUCAGCGCCGGGCUGUUCUCAGUGGCGCCGCUCAUCUACGGCAGCAUGGAGAUGUUCCCCGUGGCUCAGCAGCUGUACCGACACGGCAAAGCUUACCGCUUCAUCUUCGGCUUCUCGGCGGUGACGAUUAUGUACUUGGCGAUCGUCAUUUCCGUGCAGGUGCACGGCUGGCAGAUCUACUACAGCAAGAAGCUGCUGGACCAGUGGUUCACCAGCACGCAGGAGAAGAAGAAGAAAUAAGCUGGUAGGCUUGGAGAAGAUACAUUUGUGGCUGUCCAAAAAUAAACUGCGGCAAAAGGGAAAACUUGUCUGUUGACCGAUGCAGCUUCGUAUUUGAUGAAAGGUUGCCAGGCUUUUUGUGCCUUUUAUAUUUUAUUUGCAUCGUUUUCCUUCCGUGAAGUCUGCCGCCAUCGGUGCAUACUGUACAUGAAAGCUUCUGGCAUUUCAUCAUUCUCCAGUAAAAUGUUGUCAACACUG